GCUCAGCAUGUCCCAUUGUGCCACCACACCGUUUGUUCGCUUGGUUUCCUAUGCACAAACAAAAUUUCCUGUGACCCUGGGCAAUAUUGGGCUCCUCUGUGCUUUGACAACCCGUAAUAUUGGAAUCUCUGACUUUAUUUGACGCAAAAAAAACCCCAAAACGUUAAAAGUGCUUUUUUUUUUGUCAGGAUGUACAGCUUCAUGGGAGGUGGGUUGUUCUGUGCUGGAGUUGGGAACAUACUCCUCAUUGUCUCCACGGCAACCGACUACUGGAUGCAGUACCGUCACUCCAGCAAUUAUAUGCACCAGGGCCUGUGGCGGUACUGUGUGCCCGGGAAAUGCAUGACACACACAGACAGCAUUGCGUAUUGGGACGCCACCCGGGCCUUCAUGAUUCUUUCCUUGCUGGCUUGUUUCAUUGGCAUCGUGAUUGGCGUCAUGGCCUUCAUCCACUACUCCUCCUUUGACGGGUUUGACAAGACAUUUGCAGCUGGCAUCCUCUUCUUCAUCUCCUGCUUCUUUGUGUUGCUGGCUAUGGCCGUCUACACUGGAGUGACAGUGAACUACUAUGGUAAACGCUAUGGCAACUGGCGAUUCUCCUGGUCCUAUAUAAUGGGCUGGGUGGCAGUGGUGCUCACAUUCUUCUCAGGUAUCUUCUACAUGUGUGCCUACCGGAUGCACGAAUGCCCAAGAAACUCUAACUCGCGCUGACCUGCCAAAGACUUCAAAACACACACACACGCACACGCACACACGCAAUCUAUAAUAUACGGCCAAGAGAAACCAACAUCCCAAUGAACUUUCCAAUAACUUCCUGUUAAACUAUUCACGAUAAAGCAAAAAUAAAUAAAUCAGUGCUUUUCUUGUCUAUUUUGUCUCUAUGCAUUAAUAAAGCUUAAAAACACA